AGUCGAAGGCAUUGGGAAAAAGAGAACUACUUUAUUAUGUGAACUGUGAAGUAUCGUUCAAACGGAAGCAACCUGAUCCCUAGAAUCUCUCUCUCUCUCUCGAUCGGUUCAAUUUCUCGUUAAAUGCGCAGUCUCUUCAAAAUUUGAACACUUAUCUCCUCAGCCUUUCUAUCAAAACCUUGAAGAUCCCAAUCUCGCUGUAAUCGGUAGCUCGCCGCUCUUCUUGGCCUGAUUCAGAAGCGGUGCAAUUAGAGGGUACAGAAACCGUGUUGUCAGCUGCCGUGUUCUUAUGGUUGAUGCAGUUUGACCGAGGAGAACAUUUGAGAUAGGAUGAGUGGGUUGCAUUGUGUUGCCAAAGCUAACGCUCAGAUGGCGGUGGUGACCCCGGAUGAAGAAGAGGUUUCGACCAAUCGAACACCUUCAUCUCCCUCUUGUGAGAGCUUCAGCAGCAACAGAAACAGUCUAACACUCACCACCAAGCCUUCUUCAUGGGUAACCUCCACUUUUGCAGAUAUGGAGCAAAGGAUCAAUUUACUUGGUAUGAAAAAUGUUGAAGACGACAACGUCGGGGAAACUUUUGCUGAACGUGCAGAAUUUUACUACAGUAAACGACCUCAACUGCUAGCCCUUCUCCAAGAACUGUACACUGCUUACACCACCCUAUCCGAUCGCUAUAUCCAAACCGUGGCCAAAUAUCACAACCAUCAUCACCGCAGACAAUCGUCUCUUGCUUCAACCCUCGACUCUUUUGAUGGAGCAGAAUAUUUGGGGAAUAGUCAGAUUGAGUCUGAUGCAGAGAGCUCUCUCUCCUAUCAGCAAGUAUGUGUAACACCAGCUAAAAACAAUGCUUUAGUAGACAAUGAUGCUUUUAUUGCUGAGCUCGUCAUCAAGAAUGUGGAGUACGACAUUCUUAUAAAUGAGGUAAGCAUCUUGGAAAGGCAAUGCUGUGAUUCGUCAAGGAAGAUCGAGCUUCAGAAGAGUUUGCUUGAGGUCCUGGAGUCUGAGAGGCUGAUACUACUGAAUGAAAAUGCAAGAUUGGGAUACAGGGUGGAUUCCUUGAUGGAGGAAAAUAAAGGCCUGGUAGCAGAGUCUGUUUUCAUGAAGCGAAAGGCAGGUGAGAUGGCACGAUGUAUGCUGAAGCUGCGAGAUGAUCACAGGGUUUACCUGCUUAACCAAAAAAUCGAAGAUCUUCAGGGACAGAUUUAUGGGCUGGAGAAAAGGAACAAGGAGUACUAUGAGCAGCUCGUGAAGAAGGAUAAAACAAUGGUGGAGAGGAGAUGCAACAGUAAGCACAAAGACCAGCAUGGGAACGAGGUAACCUUGGAGGCAUGCUUUCAAAUUGGAAAAGUUAGAUCGAAGAGGGAUGGUCGUGGUUUCAACCACAGUGGCAAUGCCAAAAGAAGUGACAGUGGGAGGAAGGUGUACAGAUGGUGGGCGAAGGUGAAGAGCAUGGACAUGUUUUUAUGUGGUCACAGUACCAACCCUACUUGAUAAUUCCUUUUGCCUUUUUGAAUUGGGUUGGGAAAAAGCCAUCCCUAGGUAGAUAUUUUGUAGCAGCAGUAUAAAUAACUUAGUCAAAGUAAUCUUUGUUAGUGACUUAGUAUCUGUGGCAUUGGACAUAGAACACUAGUCUUACAAGGCAGUAUGAAAUAGUUUAAGCUCUCUCAUUUUCUGAUUCACCUAA